AUGAAUUGUAUUGUUUGGAAUGCCAGGGGGUUGGGGAGCUCCCGAGCAUUCCACGAGCUCCGCCGGUUGGUUACUGGCUUCUCCCCAAAUUUGCUGUUUAUUAGCGAGACCAAGGUCAAUACCUUAAAAAGCAAUAGGUGGCGAACUAAUCUUAAUUUUGAUGGACAAUUCGUCGUUGAUUCUAGAGGUGCUAGUGGUGGUUUGAUGCUUCUGUGGAAGCAACCUUGUGUGGUCGAUAUUCGUAGUUAUUCUAUGGGACAUAUUGAUUGUAUUGUUCUUUUUAAUGACAUCAAGUGGAGGUUUACUGGUUUUUACGGAAACCCGGAGACUAAAAAACGUAAGAACUCUUGGGAACUCUUGAAGAGGCUUGCUUGUUGUGGUUUUCAUGAUUUACCCUGGAUUGUGGGAGGAGAUUGUAAUGAAAUUCUGAGUCAGAAAGACUGUUGCGCCAGGAGCCGCCGGCCAUGGUCGCAAAUGCGUGAUUUUAGUCGGACUCUCCAGUUUUGUGGCCUUCAAACUCUCUCUUGUGAAGCUCAGUUUACUUGGUUUAACCAUCGGAAAAAUGAGGAGGCUCGCUCUCUUAAGCUGGACCGUUUUGUCUGUAAUCGGGGGGCUAUGGAUGUCUUCGAUUUCCAGAUUGUUCGGGCCCUUGAUCCGCACAUGUCUGACCACUUACCUCUCCUUCUCAAGAUGGAGAAGAUGGAGGAUCGUGUGGAAUCGGGAAAUGGUUAUAAGCGCUUCUAUUUUGAGCAAAAGUGGUUUGUGGAUAAGACUUUUGCGGCCGAUUUUCUCACUCAAUGGAGCAAUCUGGGUAUGACUUCACUCAAAGAACGGCUUGAUGGCUGCCAACAAUUCCUUACGUCCUGGUCCAAGAAGAAAUUCGAAGCCCCUACCCGCGAAUUGGCUGCUCUCCGUAAGAAAAGAGCUAAGCUGUUGCAGUCCCAUUUCUUGGAUAAACAUUUUGAUGUCAAGUUGAAGAGACUCACGAAAGAUAUCGAACGUAUGGCUGAGGCGGAAGAGAUUCAUUGGAAACAACGUUCUCGUGUUAAUUGGCUCGGGUUGGGGGAUAGAAACUCAAAAUACUUUCAUUCCUUUGCGAGCAAAAGGAGAAAACAGAACACUAUUCAUUUUUUGGUUAACAAGGAGGGAGUUUUGGUUAAGAAUGAUCGAGAGAUGGCUGAUGUGAUUAAGGACUACUUUUAUGAGCUUUUUUCUUCGAAUUCUCCCACGCCUGACAUGCUUUCUCAAGUGACAGAUUCAGUUUCUACCGUGUUGGGUGAGAAAGCACGGGAUGAUCUUUGUGCUCCGUUUUCUAAAGCUGAGGUUCGAAAGGCUGUUUUCCAGAUGUUUCCGCAUAAGGCGCCGGGCCCCGAUGGCUUUCCUCCCCUGUUCUUUCAGAAAUUCUGGGGUGAGAUCGGGGUUUCUGUGACUAAUGAUGUGUUGUGUGUUCUGAAUGGCAAAGCCAAUAUUCGUGAUUGGAACAAUCAGGGUUUAUUCAGCGGGAUUUCUAUUCCUAGACACUGCCCCCCUAUUUCCAAUCUCUUUUUUGCUGACGACAGUCUUGUUUUCUUCAAGACUAACGUGGAGUCGGUCAAUGGUUUGAAUGAUAUUUUGAGGAAAUAUGAAGCCGCUUCAGGACAAGUGAUUAAUUUUGACAAAUCCUCAGUUGCUUUUAGUCCCAAUACGAGUUCAGCGGAUAGUAAGAUGGUCACUAGUAUUCUGGGUAUUAAACAGACUCAAGGCCACGUGAUGUACCUCGGUCUUCCUACUUUUGUUGUGAGGAAAAAGAAGCUUCAGUUUGAGUAUAUUCGCGAUCGUGUGCUCAAGAAAAUCACCGGAUGGGACCAAAAGCUUUUUUCAACAGGAGGAAAAGAAGUUCUUAUUAAGUCGGUCCUCCAAUCCAUCCCGACUUAUGCUAUGGCUUGUUUUCGCCUUCCGGGGGGUGUUUGUUCGGAUAUUGAGAGAGCUUGUAGCAACUUUUGGUGGGGUGAGAAAGAUAUCGGCAAUUGUAUGCAUUGGGCCUCUUGGGAUAAACUUUGUUCGCCCAAGUCUAAGGGUGGGCUGGGCUUCCGCAAGUUAGCUGCUUUUAACCAAGCUUUGCUUGCUAAGCAAGCUUGGAGAAUCAUCAAAAAGCCUGACUCCCUUCUGGCUCGUAUUAUGCAGAAACGGUACUUCAAGGAUGGCAACUUUUUGGCUGCUCGGGUGUCACCAAACUCUUCUUUUACCUGGCGUUCCAUCUGUUGGGGUAAAGAGCUCUUAUUGAGGGGGCUUCGUUGGAAAGUUGGAGACGGAAAAAGUAUCUCCGCCUUUGAGGAUAGUUGGAUUCCGGGCUUUGGUCCUUGCGGUGUCUGUCUGAGCCCGCUUUUUCAAGGGGCGACGGUCUCAGCUUUUCUUGACAAUGAUGGCGGCUGGAAUUUAGCCAAGCUUAUUGAGGCCUUUCCAACUUAUCUGCUCGACGCCAUCCUUUCAAUUGAUCCUCUUAAGGCGAAUGGGAGUGAUUGUCGCUUUUGGACUUUUGAUGAAAAAGGCCAAUACUCCGUCAAAUCUGGUUAUCUGUGUGCGACUGAUUUCUACGGAACUCCUCUCAACUCUUCCUCAACAGCGGGUUCAGAGUGGAAGAGAUUGUGGGCUCUUAAUCUUCCUCCUAAAGUCAAACAUUUUGCUUGGAAAGCUCUCCAUAAUUUUCUGGCGACUGACCUUAACUUGGCUCGCCACCACGUCCCAGUUAAAGGCAUCUGUUCCUGGUGUUUAAAGAAUUGGGGUAGCACUUCCCAUUGCUUGAUCUUUUGUGAGAAGCUGCGAAACGCUUGGAAAGAUACGAUCUUCUGGUCUAAACUUCGAAGAUCUGGUCAUCUCUCGCUUGUCGACUUGUGUGGUGUUAUUUUUGAUGAAUGGGGCAAAGAGGGUCUGGAAAGUUGGAUCUUCAAGCUGUGGCGAGCUUGGAAGUUUCUCUGUGAUUUGAGACAUGGGAAUAUCAAUGGAGUUGUGCAUUUUGAUCUUUUGGAAAGUGAUAACUUGCUUUCCACUUUUCAGAAGUCUAGGAAACAAGUUCUUAUCUCUCAACGAGCUCUUCCUCCAGAAGGUGAUUCCCGCUGGUUCCCUCCUUCCCAGGGCCUUCUUCGUCUCGAUGUUGAUGUGGCGUAUGAUGCGGAUGGGCUUAAGUUUGGUGUUGGUUUUGUUGUGCGUGACCCACAAGGUGUGAUUAUUGCGGCUGCCUGUCAACCUAUCGGGUUUACGGCUACUGUCUUGUUGGGAGAGCUUCAAGCUAUGAUGCUUGCUGUUGGUUUCUGUUUGGAGAACGACAUUGGACCGGUGGUUUUAUUUUCGGAUUCCUUGCUUGCUAUCCAUGUCCUUCAUGAUGAUUUUUCAGGUUCUGACUCCCUCUGUGACGAGCUUUGGGAGGUUUUUGUUUAUGCCCGGAAGCAUGUGGUGGUCGACUUUUUUCACGCCCGGCGUGAAGCUAAUAGAGCGGCUCAUGAGCUUGCUCGCUUUGCUGUUGUUUCUAAUGAUGUAAUGAUUUGGAAGUCGGGAUUUCCUUCUUGGCUUCUAAAUAUUGCUCUUUCGGAUAUCAAUAUAUGA